AUGAACACUUUGAAUUUGAUGGUGGUGGUAAACAUUCAUGAAAAGCUGCAUAGCAAGCAGGGCACGGUGUGCAUCUUUGGCACGGGAGACUUCGGCCGAUCGCUGGGGCUCCGUCUGCUCCAGGCAGGAUAUGAGGUCGUGUUCGGCUCUCGUGACCCCAUGAACAACUCCCUGGUGCCCAAGGGUUCAAAGAUCAUGGUCCACACAGAGGCCGCUCAGAUGGCCCGGGUCAUUUUCAUAGCCGUGCAGCGGGAUCACUAUCAAUUCCUGACCUCGCUGACCUCCGCUCUGGAGGGUAAGGUGCUGGUGGACAUCAGCAACAACCUGAAGAUGGGCCAGUACCCACAAUCCAACGCUGAGUACCUGAGCAGCCUGGUGCCUGGAGCGUCUGUGGUGAAAGGCUUCAACACCGUGUCAGCCUGGGCCCUGCAGUCAGGCGCGCUCGACGCCAGCCGACAGGUCUUACUGUGUGGGGACGACCCAGGUGCCAAGCAGGCCGUGGUGGACAUUGCCCACAGCCUGGGUCUGAAUACCCAGGACAGGGGCUCCCUGCGUGCUGCUGGGGAGAUAGAGAACAUCCCCCUGCAGCUCUUCCCCAACUGGAGGCUCCCCCUCUGGAUCGCCGCCGGCCUCACCGCCUUCUUCUUCUUCUACCUGUUGAUCCGUGACGUAAUCUACGCCUACGUGGAGAAUAACCAAGACAUCUCGUAUCGCAUAAUGAUAACGCUGGCCAAUAAGGUGUUCCCCAUCGUCGCCCUGGUGAUGCUGGCUCUGUGCUACCUGCCGGGCGCGCUGGCGGCCAUUUUGCAGCUCUAUAACGGCACCAAGUACAAGCGCUUCCCUGAUUGGCUGGAUCGCUGGAUGCUGUGCAGGAAACAGCUGGGACUGUUGGCCCUGCUCUUCGCCGUCCUCCACGUGAUCUACACCUUCAUCAUCUCCAUUCGGUACAACGUCAUUCACGAGAGGCACACUGACGUCAUUAAGCAGAUCAAGGACAACAAAUCUCUGCCCUUUGACAAUACUGAGGCAUGGGCCACUGACUCCUUCCUGUCUCUGGGGGUGCUGGGCUUCGUCCUGCUCCUGAUGCUGGGCAUCACCUCUCUGCCCUCCGUCAGCAACACACUCAACUGGAGGGAGUUCCGCUUCGUACAGUCCAAGCUGGGCCACCUGACGCUGCUGCUGUGCACCACCCACUGCCUUCUAUACGGCUGGGACAAGUUCCUGAAGGCCUCCACCUACAAGUGGUACACCCCGCCGGGCUUCAUGCUGUGCCUGGUGACGCCCUGCGUGGUGCUGGUGCUGAAGCUGGCACUCUGCAUACCCUGCGUUGACAGCAGGAUCACCCGCAUCCGCAACGGCUGGGAGAGCUCCGGCGCCAGGCGAAGACAAGGACCUGCUGAAAUGUUGAAAGCAACCACUCUUUGA